GUAGCCACAAACUGAACCACACGACUCUUACAAGGAUGGAAAACGUUCUUCUGUGGCUCCUCGGUGCAUCAGCUCUGGGCUCCAUCUGCUCUCUCCCUGUACGUCAGUACCACUUCAUCUAUGACCCAAAGAACUGGACCGAGGCGCAGAGUUACUGCAGGCAGCGCUACACGGACCUGGUCACUGUGGACAGUCUGAACAUGGUGACCAUGCUGAACGGCAUGGCAGACGUGAGCAGAAUGGGAUCAACUGCAGACGCCUGGAUCGGGCUGUACUUUGAUGUGGUCAGCUGGAGGUGGUCGCUGUCAGACCAAGGUUUCUACGCAGCGGACGGGAGCUACAGAGUCUGGUCGGCCGGUGAGCCGAACAGCGCCUGGUACACGGCGGACUGUACCCACAUGUAUGACAACGGAUACUGGAACGACGCUCCCUGCCAGUGGCUUUACGGAUUCAUCUGCGCCAAAACCAGCGGAAAAGCCGCAACAUUUUUCUACAUCAGCACAUUAAUGAACUGGACCGACGCUCAGAGCUACUGCAGACUGCACUACACAGACCUGGCCAGCAUCAGGAGCCUGCAGGAGAACGAGCAGAUCAGGACGAUGAGGCCUGCAGGUCUGACGGUCUGGAUCGGCCUCUACAAAGACACCUGGAAGUGGUCCAACGGAAACCUGUUCCUGUUUUCCUACUGGGCAUCAGGACAGCCUCAGGGCGGUGUGGAAAACUGCACCGUGGCAGACUUCAGCCUGUCCGGGCUCUGGGAGGACUGGCCGUGCGGCAUAGAGAAGGCCUCCGUCUGUUACCAUGACGCUGAACCUUUCACACGACUCACAGUGAAGCUGAAGCUGGUGGGAAACUCUGGUCUGGACCUGAACGACCCGGCAGUCCUGGAAGACCUGCUGAAGGAGCUCCAGCUGAAGGUUCAGCACCAGGCAGUGAAGGCUGAGAUCAGACUGAGCUGGAAGAAACGGCCUGAUGGAAAGAUCUUCUACACCGAGAAGCAAAAUUAACCCAAAUUUUCUCCACAUGAGAAAUUUUUAUUUUGAUUACAAGAGGCAAAAGUAAUAAACAAAUGGUAUAGUAUGAGGGUUUAGAGGUGAAAUCAAAGAUCUUGUUUUAGGAGCUGUAGUUAAAAGGCCUUUUAAGUAAAAGUCACUGGAUAAAUGUUUAUCUGCUAUGAAAUUAAAUUUAAUGCUAAAGAUCUUAAAAGACUAACACUUUGUAUUAUUCCUAACCAUUUACAUCAUAAUAAGAUGUUCCUCCUUUUAUUCUCUUUCUUUUUCUCUUCAAAACUAAACAUUUGUUGUCAAGCACAGUA